UGAAACGCGUUUUACUUAUGAGAUAAAAGUAACAGCUAACUUGUUCAAAAUUUGACAAUUUUAUAUUAUUCCGCAUUAAAUAUUGUUACCGCAAUUUAAUCUUUAUAACAAUGCCCGCUUCUCCAAGUUCUACAUCCGUUGGAUCUGGGAGUCGUUCUCCAAGUAAAGCUACAGCAGCUCCACGUUCUGCAAGUGGAAGCACAGUACGACAACGUAAAACUACCACAACCACUACUGCUGCUAGAAAUCGCAGCACUGGUGCUGGAACAGGUGGAAUGUGGCGAUUUUACACGGAUGAUUCUCCUGGUGUCAAAGUUGGUCCAGUUCCAGUCCUGGUCAUGUCAUUGCUUUUCAUAGCAUCUGUAUUCAUGCUACACAUCUGGGGCAAAUACACUAGGGCCUAAAGUUUAGAAAAUAGUUACUGUGCAUGAGUGAGUGAAAGUGUGGUGCAUAUUAUUGUAUUAAUGUUAUUCUCAAAUAAACAUUUAUUUAUAUUAAGACUUAAAUUAAGUAAUAAAAUAUAUAUAGCUUAUUCAUUACCAGGAAAGCAAUUUAAUACAUUGUCAAGAUACAGUAUAUUUCUUUAAAAUUUCUUAUCAACUGUUUUAUAAAAACAUUGUUACAUUUCUAUUAAUACAUACAAGUACUUUUCCGAACUUCCUAAUAACUGUAAAUAUUCCUCAAUUUGUUUUUUUAUUAAAUAAACAUAAUU